AUGGAAGCGGCGGUGUGGGAUGAUGGGGUUGCUAAGAGGUGGUUGAAAAAGAAUGCGAGGAAUGAGGCAAUGGAGAUGGUUAGGGUGUAUUUAGGGGAAGCGGUAGCUGUUAAUGGGCGGGUUUUUGUUGAGAUGGUUGUGAGGAUGGGGAUAAGAGAGAGAGGUGGUGGGAAGAUGGUUAGGGUUUGUUUAGGGGAAGCGAUUACUGUUAAUGGUAUGAUGUUUGUUGAUUUGGUUGCAAGGAUGGAGAUAAGAGAGAGAGGUGGUGGUCUGUGUAUGAAGAGAAGGGAUGGACAAAAUGAGGGGGUUGAAGUAAACGUGGGUGGUGAGGAGGGGAAGGGGCUUGUAAAGAAAAGUAGGAAAGGUGGGGUUUCUGAAAAUGGAGUGCUGGAAGUUAAUGUGGGUGGCAGUUGGUUUAUAUUAAUAUCGAUGUUGGAGAGGGAUGCUCGAGUGGAGAUGGUUAGGGUUUAUUUAGGGGAAAUGAUUGCUGUUAAUGGGCCGAUGUUUGUUGAGAUGGUUGGGAAGGGGCUUGUAAAGAAAAGUAGGAAAGUUGGGGGUUCUGAAAAUGGAGUGCUGGAAGUUAAUGUGGUUGGCAGUUGGUUUAUAUUAAUGUCCAUGCUGGAGAGGGAUGCUCGAGGGGAAGCGGUUGCUGUUAAUGGGCCGAUGUUUGUUGAGAUGGUUGUGAGGAUGGAGAUAAGAGAGGGAGGUGGUGGUCUGUGUAGGAAGAGAGGGGAUGGACAAAAUGAGGGGGUUGAAGUAAAUGUGGGUGGUGGGGAGGGGAAGGGCUUGUAA